GCCAUUUUGUGUGGGAGAUAGAGGGGUGGCGGCGGGCGUUGGUGGAGCGGGUUCGGCUGUGUUUUGGGGGGGGGGUGUCGGAGAGCGACGGCGGAGGAGCGGCGGUGUCGGUUCCUAAAGGCCCCGGUGUGUGUGUCUGUGCUUGUGAGCGAACGAGUCGGACAGAAGUCGUGGGACUUCUCCCUUGGAGCUUCUGUGCCGAGAAUCCGAUGUUGGGCUCGGCUACCUGGCUGAAUACAGCAGAUCAGCCCAUGAAAACUUCUGUUCCUAGCCAAAGGAAGGAGUCCAGCAAAAGGCAGCACCUACUCUUUCAGGCUUGGAAGCAAGAAAGGGGGCAAGAGUUGGAGAGUGUGGAAUCUGAGAAGACAACUGAGAGGUGACAUUUAAGUUGAAGAUGGGUGGUGGAGAAAGAUUCAACAUUCCAGUUCCCCAGUCUAGAAAUACCACCAAGAACCAUCAACAACUUAAAAACAGGCAGAAGAAUAAAGACCAGAAUUCGCAGAUGAAGACCUAUAUGAAGAAAGAAAGAGGACAUGGAUGCAACUCAUCAUCUGGUGCAUGGCAGGCCAUGCAAAAAGGGGGAAAGAACAACGUUCAUUUCCCCAAUAAUCAAAAUUGGAGUCCUACUUUGUCAAAUCGCAACCUGUUUUUCACACCUCAAACCAAUCAGAACUAUGCUGGAGCAAAAUUUAGUGAGCCACCCUCACCAAGUGUUCUUCCUAAGCCACCAAGCCACUGGGUACCUGUUUCUUUUAAACCUUCUGAUAAAGAAAUAAUGACAUUUCAGCUUAAAACAUUGCUUAAAGUCCAGGCUUGAGAUGUAACUUUUCAUAUUUUUGUAAAGUUAUUUAAAUUUACAGGGUUUCAAAUUUGAGACUAGUUAUUCCUAACUCCAGAUGUACAGAACCAGGCGUUCUUGCUGCAUGUAGUUAGUUGCUUGGAUUAGAAGGGGGCGGAAGCUUCCAUUCUCCUCAUGCUUUACCUCAAAAGUUGGGUGCUGUGUUCACUGACUGUGAAAUACAUAUUUUUGGUCUAAUCAAAUCCUGAACAGUCACCAUUUAUUGUAAGAGUAAAUGGGGCUGUCUCUCACAAUUGGAAUUGUGACUACUUUUUGGUAUGGUGUUAGGUAAAAGCUGGUUUCCUAACUUAAUGCAGCAUUAACUGGAAGGAAACACACUGAAAGCUUUAGUCACGUACUUUGCUGCUUUUCAAACUCAUGCAAAAUUUGCUAGGUAAGUACCAAGUGCGGAGCAGAGGACACCACCGAGGCACUAGGUAAAAACACAGACCCUUGCUUGCACCUGUGCGCUUUAUUUGGCACUCCUGGAUUGGCAACGAGCAUUUCAAGCCUGUGACUAAAAUUGAGAUCUAGGAAACAUAUUGGUGCGUGUUCUUGAAAGGGUGGAGGAGCAGGUCGGGCAAAUCCCUCGUGGUCUCCUCCAGCCCUAGCACUUGGGAUCUCCGCACAUCCGACUGCCCCAACCAGCGACCUCACGUUGCCGGAUGGCUGCCAAAAACUAACAAAUCCUUUGUAUUCUGAUUGCACUGACGAGUUCCAAAAGGCAUUUUAGUAUUGGCUUUUAAAAUAGUGAAAAGGUGGAGUAGUUACUUAGACUGGUCUUAAAUUGGUUACCCUGUAAUAAUUGUUUUAAGUUACAGUAGCUUGUGGCAGGUAUUAAAGUGUUUUCGUAGGGAAGACAGAGCCAUGUAAAUAAAUGUAAAACUUUGUAGCAUAUGUAAAUUUAUGCUGGGCUUUCCUGCACAGAAGUAUUUUUAGUACAAAACUGCUGAAUGUAAGAUGACCAUGUUGAGCACAUGGCCCGAUUUUAAAAAGAGAUAUUUUGGGUUUUUUUUUUUAAAAAUAAUCGUGGCUGUGCCCUUGCACUUAACAUGCACGUUUUACUUGGUUGUGAGCUCAUUUUUGAAGUAAAGUCAGUGCAAAAGAGGCUUAUUUAGAAUUUUUUAAGAAAAUUUAAAAAACUUAAAAAAAAAAACAAACUUGAACAGCUUUUAAGAUACUCCUGAAUGUAUAGGAGAGGUGUGGAUUAAGUGAUGAAGAGGUGUUCAAAUCAGGUGUUUCACAAGAAUGCAAAUGACAGUUCAGGUGCUCAAUGAAAUUGAAGUAUUGGUUCAUUUUAGAAAUGUCACAUUAUCUUUUGUCCUGAUAUUUGGUAAACUGUUACCACAGGCCGGGGCAGCUGCAGGCCUGCAGCUUCCAGUGCUCUCGCAGCUCAGCUGCUCCUCUAACAGCAACAGCUGACCUGUGAUAACAGUCCAAGGUUACUUAAAAAUACAGUAAUUGGUAAAAAUGGGCUUUAAGGUGAAAGGGAGUUUGUGGAAUGCUCGUUGCAAGGUCUUUGUACAUUCGAAAUGCACUGGUCAAGUGUUUACAAAUCUGUGGCUCCCAAGUGGAUGGAAUUGGCUGUCUUUAAACUGAUGUCUCUGUGCCCCAGACCUACAGCAGGGAAGGAGCUGCGCCCCCCCUCACGAUUAUGUAUAUGCGACUUCAAAUUGUCAGUUACUAGUGGUACAUGGAUAAAUUGGAAACAAAAAAUUUUAAAUAAACUAAACUUUUUACCCCCCUAAAA